CAAAAUCCUCAAAGAUCAAAAAGACCACGAAAUUUGGUAAUGUACGCGAUCCAAAUGGAGCAUUUUUAGGCGUAAAUGGAACCCCAGAAUACGUACUGAAGUAUGUGAAGAGUUUAAAACGAUUAGGAAUAGAUCAAUCGACCUUUAUUAUCAACAUCGUGUGGACUCAGCCAGUCGCAGCGAUGGCAGAACUUGUUAAAGAGGAAAAGAUUAAAUAUUUGGGUUAUCGGAGUGUAGUGCCAACACUUUGCGUCGUGCUUAUAAAGUCCAUCCGAUAG